AUGAAUAAGGUAAAUGAGAGUGUCCCAUGGGAGUUCAUCCUGUUAGGCUUCUCAGACCGACCCUGGCUGGAGCUUCCUCUCUUUGUGAUAUUCCUGGUUUCCUAUAUCCUAACCAUCUUUGGCAAUGUAGCAAUAAUUAUUGUGGCCCAUCUGGACACUAAACUCCAUACCCCUAUGUAUUUUUUUCUUACUAAUCUGUCUGUCCUGGACCUUUGUUAUACCACAAGUACAGUUCCCCAAAUGCUGGUAAACAUAUGUAGUACUUGGAAGGGGAUUAGUUAUGGUGGCUGUGUGGUCCAACUUUUUAUUGCUCUGGCCUUGGGGUCCACUGAAUGUAUCCUCUUGGCCAUUAUGUCCUUUGAUAGGUUUGUAGCUAUUUGUAGACCCCUCCAUUACUCAGUUAUUAUGCAUCAAGGUCUCUGCAUCCAACUGGCAGCUGCCUCUUGGAUUAGUGGCUUUAGCAACUCAGCAUUACAGUCUACCUUGACUCUUGAAAUGCCACUGUGUGGACACAAAGAAGUAGAUCAUUUCUUCUGUGAAGUCCCUGCUCUGCUCAAGUUGUCAUGUGCUGACACAACAGUAAAUGAAGCUGAACUGUUCUUCAUCAGUGUGAUAUUCCUUCUCAUACCCCUGACUCUUAUCCUUAUAUCAUAUGGUUUCAUCACCAGAGCAAUUCUGAGAAUACAGUCAGUUGAAGGUAGGCGAAAGGCAUUUGGAACAUGUGGCUCCCAUCUAAUUGUGGUGUUACUCUUUUAUGGCACUGCUACCUAUAUGUACCUGCAACUUCCAUCGCCUGCCUCCAAGGACAGGGGAAAGGCAGUGUCUCUUUUCUAUGGAAUCAUCACACCCAUGUUGAAUCGCCUUAUAUAUACACUCAGAAACAAAGAUGUAAAGGGAGCUUUUAAGAGGCUAGUUCUAAAAGUUUUCUUGACCAAAAACAUUAGAAAUCUGGCAGCCUGA